AUGUCAGUGUCGUGGUUGCCGCCAUUGGGCCGACUAAGAGUGGUCAAAUUGGAGUCAACCCCCCUGGGGCUGAACCUACGACACAACUCUCAGUACAUUGCGAUAACAAUUGUCACGUCUGUUGGUUCGGGAGGGACAGCGGUCGCGACCGUCACGAAUGCUGUCACUGCAUCGAAGAAUGCCGCCGGCGGUCUGAACAUCCUGCUGAGCCCCGGACUCAAGGCUAAGUUGGAGGCGAUAGCGAAGGAGAUUGACGGUGGCGAGGCCGAUGGUGGAGCUGAGUCUGCCCUGGAAGAGACGAUCAUCUUUUCAUCAGAGGAAGAAGCCGAAGCUAUAGGUGCAGCUCUUUCAGGCGGCGAAGCAGCGGCAAAUGCAGCUGUCUGGGGGAGCUCUACGAUCACAGCCGGCUCGUUUUGGGCCUGGGUUUGGGGACAUAUCCAAAACGGCAAGGCAAUCCCCAACGCAAAUGAGAUCCCGAAGGAGAGCAUCCACAGGGUUACCAAGACCAAAACAUCCACCAGGAGCACUUCAACCUCAAGCAGCAGCUGUUCUGCAGGAACUCAGCCAUCAUGCGACGGAGACUGCAAACCGACCAGUGUCAGGGUUGAAGAGCCCAAGGUUACAGGCUUGGUUGAUUGGGCUUGUUCUGAAGGCAGAAGUAAGGGGUGCAACUGCUUCCCUUGUGUUGUUACCCAAGUCACCAUUUCCGACGUCGUCUUUGAGCAGGCCGUCCUCGAUGCGUUAAAGAAUAUCAAAGAAGAGCCCCAACAGCCUCCACAGCCCGAUAUCAGCAUCGAAUGUCCCGGCAAGCUCACGAAUGUUCCCAGCAAGUUCUUUCUGGAGAACACUUCGAAGACAUUUUGCGAAAGGGUAAACGACGAAGACGUCUGCAGAAGUGCAUGGGAUAAGCUUGUCAAGAGCAACUGUGGAUCAAAUCAUGGCUCGGCAGGAGUCCGCAUGUUCAGAAAGGCGUCUAUUGACGUGGGCUGCGGCAACUUCACAUGGGAGGUGGAGAAGAUGGCAGAACCUGCCCCGGAACCUGCUCCUGAACCUUCCCCAGAACCUGCCCCGGAACCUGCCCCGAAGCCGACACUCGGUGUACGAGAGUGCAAUAAGCAAUACGAACACCUCGACGUGAAUGGCAAAGCUCAGAAACGGUGGUCUUUCAUAGGUUGCAGCCUUGAAGCAAGAAACAAGAAAAUGAAGGAGGGAGAUGGAGACAUCCACUGGUAUGGCCGGCGCGCACCGGAACGAGGCAACUGGAGAAUCACUUGGAUCAACGGUUGCAAGGACGCCGUUGAGCAAAGCGCUGAGUUUCCUAUUGAAGGUGAUAAGAGCAUCACCUGUGAGAGUAUCAUGAGAGACAACUUUCUAUCUUGCAACAACGGCGGAACUGGAGGCAAGAUUGAAGCCGGUUGCUUGCGGUAUGAGUUUUAUCCCGACAAAAAAUGA